AGCCCUUGGGAUGAGGUUUUAUUUUUGGACUGCCAUGGCGCCUGUUCCUUCCAUUAGCAGGCAGGGGGUUGAGUUGGGCUCAGCAUGAAUCUGCCGUUCUGCCACUCUAAGCUGGGACAAGCAGGCAGCAGCUGGCUGGACACCCCUGAAACAGCAGUCUUACAGGGGAACCUGCCUGACGUGCUUAAAACUCAACCAAGAUUGUCACCUGGGUGGUGAGGCACUCAUGGCUGUUACAUAUAGCACCGUCACCCAGCUGGGCCUGUUUUCCCAGCAGUACCCUCCUCCUCUGCUGCCCAAGCCUGGAAAGGAUAAUCUGCGUCUUCAGAAGCUGCUUAAGAGGAGUGCCAAGAGAAAGGCUUCCGUUCAAGCAUCACAGUCUGCAACACCUUUCCGUUCAAGCCUUUCCCCUGUGAACGAAGCAAGUCCUGACCUUGAGUAUUGUGACCACUCUACCCCACCCAAAACACCAGAGACAUUACCCAGCUAUUACAACAUCCAGCCAGCCCCCCGGUUCACUGUCAGGCCACUGUAUCAACAUGUGGCAUCUCCUUACCCACAACAAGCAGCGUACGGUCGAGCAACGAGGUUAUCUCCUCAAACAGUAGUCCCUCCUUCAUUCCCUUACUCCCAGCUUUUCACAACAGUCGCGUCAUUACCAACAUCAAUACAGGUUUCUGAAGCCUUAGCCACUGUGGAGCAAGUCACACAGCCCACUGUAGCCAGUACUCCACGGCCCUCUUCCUUUACAUCUGAGGGGAUCGUAACAGUGACUGAACCAAAAAAGCAAACAUUUGGUACAAAUCCUGAAAGUCAUUCAGGUUUAAGACCUGUCACAGCUGUAGCGACACCACCUUGCAUACCUAAAAGUCCUGGUCCCGCUCUACAUUCAAUACCAUCAGGUCAAGCUGUGAUUUUACCUCUUACCGUGUUGACCUCGAUAAUGAAAUGCAGGAGUCCACGUCCCACAUUUAAAGCAGCCGAACACUCAAAAUCACCAAAGCCCAUGUUUGAUGUCCCUCAGAUAAGGAUGUACACAGCAAGCACGUCCUAUUAUGAGACAUCCAGGACGCCACCAGUUUAUGACACAGCUGGAUUAACUGCCAUAGGCAGCACUGCACCUCACAGUAAAAUAUCAACAGAAACAAGAAAAGAUUUGCAUCAAGCAUCUGAGGUAAGAAGAGGUGUGACAGCAAGUCAGCCUCCCUCAUUAGGUACUAAUGCUGGGAGAAAAACACCAGUUUCAGAAGUCAAAAGAGCCACACCGCCAGUCGAAAUCAAACAACAAACUCCAGCCUUAGAAAUGAAAAGGGCCACUCCAUCAGAGGUCCCAGUUAAAGUGUCAAGAACUUCAGCAGGAAGGGCUAAAACUCCAGUAGACAAUGCAACCCAGGCCACAAGCCUGGCUAGUGAAAACUCAACAUGCGAACCUUUGUGUGCAGAAUUACAGAUGUCAGCAGGUUCUGAAGGGUCGAGAUCGCUACCGAUCAAGACUACCGAGCUUCCUGAAAUAUUACCAAACGGGGACAUUCACUCUGACACAAAACCUGCCACUAAGUCUGAACAAAUUCUCACCAAGCCAGAGCCUGAUCCAAAAGGAGGAGCAAUCCUGACCUCAAAGGUGGCCUCCCAUGGAGCUGAAGCUAUUACAUCCAUACUGACGACACAAGUAAUCGCUGGCUAUCAGAGGCCAAAGACUCCAACAUAUGAGGCCUCCCGACUCAUGACCAGAUCACCUGUCUAUAAAAGACCAAAGACACCAGUAUCACCAGUAGACUUUAAGAGACCUAAAACCCCAGUUUCUCUAAAGUCAAAGCCUACCUAUUAUGGACUUACCCCAGCUGAAUAUGCUGCACAUGGUGGGAUUAAAACAUCUUCCCCAGCAUUUGGUUUCUCAAGUUCAUCGAUACAAACACAGGAGGAAGUUAAAGCUCAGGCACCAGGAAAGAGGAGUGUGGAACAACAAAAUGCAGACAAAACUUCAAAAGUCAAUGAGCGCUCUAACGACAUGGACGGACAUCGCCAGGAGCAUAAAACGGUUUCUUCCACUGCUUCAGUUCCACUUAUUGUGGUUUCACAACCAUCUGACUCAUCAGAAUCGGCGCCCAAGCAACACAUGAGCCAAGCAGCUGAACUGGUUGAAGCCAAACAAGACACGCUGAUGAUUCAAGAAAUCCAAACGUCCUCAACUGAGAUGAAUACGAUUUCAGAAAAUCAAGAAUUUGAAACAUUAAUUGAAGAAAGCCAACCUACAACAAAGACUCCUGAAAACAAACACCCUCCUUCCAAAGGCAGUGAUCCAGAUGGCACGAAGACAGGAAACAUGUUUUUUGGAAAAGUUAAAAUCCAGACUGAUGAAGAGAAAGCUAAAGCUGACAAAGAAACAUCUGUUUCUGCAACGAAAAUCAAACUUGAAGGUUCAAAGGCUCAAUAUGAGGUGACUACUCCGGCUCUUCUAGCAACAACUGCUGAACUACGCCAAGAUAAGGAGAAACAGAAGGAAAAAACAGAAAAAACGUCAGCAGUUAAAUUCUCACUUGAACAAAAGAAAGACAACGAGACCCUCCCAGAAGCUGAGUCCCUUCUUAUAGUCAUGAAAAAACCAAAAGGCUUGAAAUCUAAAAUGAAUGGGUGGUCGAGACUCAAAAAGCACAUGGUCGUGGAACAGGAGGAGCCAAAAUUUCCUGAAGUAAACACCCCAAAAGAGACCAGGGGCCAGGAUCAGGGUGAAGAGAUAAAGCUUGAAGGGGACAAGCCAAAUGCACAGGAGGAGACGCAAACCAAGGACACUCCAAAGGUAACAAAGAUGUGGGAUGCUGUCCUCUUCCAGAUGUUCUCCACCAAAGAGAACAUCAUGCACCAAAUCGAGUUAAACAAGAGUGAUGGGGAAACGAAAGACGAGAGAAAAGAUGAGCCAAAAGAGAUCCCCUCGUUUGCAUACAAGCUGCCGGUGUUGCUCUUUAGUCCCAGGUUUGAUGCCAAAAAGCUGAAAGAAGCCGCAUCAAGACCGGUCACAAAAAUCUCUACCGUGUUUGAAAUGGGUCUGAUUGGGCGAAAAGGUAAAGAAGAGGAACCAAAAGACUUUAACAGAACAGCCCGAGGGUUUACGACUCCUUAAGCUCAGUCCAGACAAAGUGAUGUUUAUUGUAAAUGUUCAGUGUUUUUAGCAGCAAAACGAAUGUACAGUUCUGGUCUUCGUCUUUGUAAUCAUGUGAUUUUGUGACCCUGUUGAAGAUACUGACCUUCAUAUUCAUACUUGAUGAAUGCCUUUCACGUUGUUUCUACAGGAUGUAGACGCUGGCUAAGAUAGAGCCGUGUUUGUCUUAAAGUCAUUCACAAGUUUUAUCAAAUACAAAUGCUGCUUCGGUCCCAAAGCUUUAUGCACUCUGGUUCUCUGCUGUUUACAGAAUAUUUAGUUUAACUACAUUUGAAAAAGUCUAAAUAAAUAAUUAUAAGACAAAUCAUUUGUGGGACAAGUUCUGUUUUUAGCCUUUUUUUGUUUGUUUAUUCAGAAUGACUCUGGUUAGAAGGUAUGUUUCAGUAAAAUCUUUGUAAACUUCUCUUUUUUGAUCCUCUUGGAGAAACAUGUCUCUGCAUUUAAGCAUUGGGCUGCGUUUUUAUAUCACACCCAGAAGGCAACUUUGGGGUUCACAUCUUGCCCAAGGACACUUCGGCACAUGUCCUGCUAGGACUGGGGAUUGAUCCUCUGACCUUUGGAUCAUUGGACAACCAUUCUCCCCAUUCAGCCACGGUCACCCUGGGGUUGUUUCACGAGCAAGGCGUCUCACAUUGCAUGUGUACAUUUAUUUGAAUGAAGGACGGUUAUGGUAAAUGAUGUAUUGUAACAAUGAAGUUUGGUAUGUUUGACUUAUUUCCAAUGAUGAAAAUGUUUAAUGUACUUCGUAUUCAUCUUAGCUUCAUCACACACAUUAGCUACACACGCAGUAUUAUUGGUAGCUGCUCAAUAGUUAGUUGUACGUCAGUAACCCUCAAAAGUAGUGCAGUAGAGGAAUGAUUGUGGACAGGCAGUAAUCCCAGAUGGCUGUACGUUUGAGAAGUUACGGUUGAAAAGUAAAUGUGUCAGUUAAAAUAAAAUGGUAGACGCUGGAAGUUGGUCACUGAUGUUAGAGCUAGUGAAGGUGUAGUUAGUGAUGUCACUGCGACAGUGAGGGUUGGUUGGAUCAUCUGGGAGGACAUUCUGCAGUAACUGGUUGUUAGAUUACUAUCUGGAAAACAGUUUGAUAUUCCAAACGUCUGCCUUUCUGUUUUUGAAAAUGGGAAUGAAGUAUUAAUCUCAUCACCAUACAUGAAACCUACACGGGAACUUAACAUGGGAACGGAUGCUGAAAACCAACCAGAAUGCUCUUAGUUGCUGGCUCAAUAUCACUUCUAAGUCAAAUUAAAUAUUGUUUAUGCUAAAAAACAAAGUACAACUCAUAAAGGUGUCUUCCUCCACAGAUUUCUGUGUGUUCAAGUACUUGUUUUUCUAAUCUGUUAAACUAUUAGUAUUUUUUAAGUACCAUGACUGUGCAGAGCCCCACAUCUGGGGGUCUCGGGCUCUUUAGCUCCAGAAACACAGCAUGGUCGUGCCUGUGGGACAGAUGUUUUAGCCUGACCUCUGAGCAAGCUUUUAAAAGUAUGGAGACUCCUGAUCAAGACAAUUUAUCUGAGUUCCUGAACAAAGGCUUACUGUUAAAUUAGGAUUUGAACAAACAAAAGCUUCAUUUCUCAUGUUUUGUUGGAGUUAGAAUCGUAAUAAAAUCAAUAUGCUAUAAGUAUAUACAUUUGCAAAGCUUUUGUUAUUCUAGAAGAUAUUUAUAAUUUUUUUUAGAUUGGGAAUGGGUGGAUAGAACAGAACAAACGCUGUAAAAAAUGACCACAUGUAGUUAGCGCUUAGAAACAAGUCUGUCUUUCUGCAAGACAGACGGCAGUUUGAAUCUGAAGGUAAAAAUCUCAGCUGGUUUAUUUGGAUCAUAUCUGAGGAAGGCAAAUGCAGUUUAUAUUUUAAAACGGGCUAAGUGUACUUUUCUAAUGCCUGUACCGUGUUAUGCUGCUCCAUCAGAAAACCAAACAGUUGUUGCAGAGUGAAUCUUCCUGCUGAGGGCUCUAAUACGGUCGAAGGUGAGAGGAAAAACAAAUGUGCUGUUCUGGUUUAUUUUGCAAGCUGCAGUUAGACUACAGAGGUCGGAGUUAUUCAUUUGAAGGCAUAACUUUACUCAGAUGCAGUGUUUUUAAAAUCCAACGUUGCUGUGAUUGAGCUCUUCAGAGGAGCCUGCUGACUUCUUCCUCGUGUUGAGUUUAUGUCAUUUAUUUCUCUUUAAUUUCACAAAGCUGCUGCUAAAAAAGGUUUCCAACAUCCUUCAAAUCUAAAUGAAACUCAGUGGAUCCCGCGGCCAGGAAGAGAGAGCAGUUUUUACAUUGUUACUGAAUCACUUCUAUUCCUGAUGUUGCUUCUGGGGAAUUGUGCUUGGAUGUGACUUCUCUGUUUGGCAUUUCAUAAUAAACAGCAAUUUUACAGA